AUGCCCCCAAUAACAAUCUCCAAAGGGCGCAGCCCAGCCGAACAAAACACAACCUUCACCCAAAUGGCCGACACAGACCUGGAAAGCAUAGGCCGCCACUGCCAAUACGAAUACUGCGGCCAACUCGACUUCCUCCCCUUCCGCUGCGAAUCCUGCAAAAGCACCUACUGCCUCGACCACCGCACGGAAACAGCCCACCACUGUCCGCGCGCCGGCGAAUGGGCCCGUCGCCGCGCCGGCCCCGUCAGCACCGAAAACAAACCCCCUCAAAAACCCUCCAUCUACAACACAGACCAAUGCGCCCACACCCAGUGCAAAACCCUCAUCAACACCCUCAAAGAUCCCGCCGUCCGCUGCCCCCAAUGUACGCGCCAGUACUGUCUCAAACACCGGCUGCGCGAGGAACACGACUGCGCCAAGAUCACCCCGCCUGCUGCGAGGGGGUCCGCUACGGCGGGAAAUGAGAGUAUCAAGUCUAUGUUUGCGCGCGUGCGCACUUGGGGGAAAGAUAAGCAGCAGGCUGUGGCUGGUGCGGGGUUGUUGACGUUGCCGAAGUUGAAGCCGAAGGCUAAUAGUCCUGCUGCAAGGGUGCUGGCGGUUAAUGCGAUUAAGAGGGCUGCGAAGGGGGAUGCGGGAGUGCCGGUUGAGAAGAGGGUUUAUUUACAUGUUGUUGGGACGGUGGAGACGAAGGCUGCGGAGCCGCCGGCGGGGGAUUUCUGGUUUGAUGAGAGGUGGAAGGUUGGGAGGGUGCUUGACGAUGUGGCGAAGAGGUUGAGGGUGCAGAAUCUAAAUAAUCGGGUUGAUGGGGAGGAUGCUAAGUUGAGGAUCUUUCAUGUUGAGUCUGGGGCGUUCCUUGAGUUCUCGGAGUCUAUUGGGGGCGGGAAGGUGAAACAGGGUGAUACUCUGGUUUUGUUACGGGGUGCUGGUGCUGUUCUUGGGCAUUCAUAG